AAGACUAAAGUAUUUCUUACUAGAAUGUGAGUUGUGUACUUGUUUUUCAUAUAGUGCGAAAGGAUAUUACAAUGGCUGACGCGUUUCUAUCGAACGCCCGGGACACGAUCCCCAUGCAAACAACGGAAAAAUAUUGUUUGGGUAGCGAGAAGGAGUCUAUUCCGCCUGGGACAAUGAAUCAGAGCAGCAAGCUGGAUAAAACUCAAAUAAACAGUCAGGUCAAGAGGUCCAGGCAAUUGCGAAAUGCGGCCAAAAUUCAACAACAAAAACAGCAAAGUGAACAGGAAUCAUUAGAUGGAUUUGACGUUUACAAUAUCGAGACGGCUAUGCCAGUUAUUGAUUUGGAUGCGAUCGAAGCACACCUCAAGGCAGCUAAGGAGGAAGAAAUGAGGGUAGAAUUGUCGCAUAGUUCUCUAGCAAGUGGGUUUAGAUAA